AUGGCCAUGCCCGCCCGCACCAAGAUCACCACAACCACAACCUCAACGUCCCCCAGCUCGCCCACCGGAUCCGCCGCCGCAUCCACGCCCGCAACAUCCACAAGCUCACACUCCGACAAGGACGAGCCCAAUACCGCCGCCACAAAGGAAGAAGAGGGGGAAAAAGAAGAAGCAGUAGCAGUAGCAGCGCCCAUAGAUCCUCCUCCGGUUCCGAUGCAGCGUGCGCGCCUCGACUUCCUCAUAAAGCAGUCGAGCGUCUAUGCAAACAUCAUGGCCGACAAACUGCUCAAGCAGCAGCAAGAGAUGGCCGCCCGGGCUGAGGAGGAGGACCGCCGUGCCCGUGCCGCCGCACCACCCGUCACCACCACCACCACCGCCACCGCACCCACACCCGCCACAGAGGUGAGAAAAAGCGGACGGAACAAUGCCGCUGCUGCUGCCGCGGCGGAGGAACCGCAGGGUAAGGGCGCCACCGCCGCCGCCGUGAAGAAGAAGCCGGGCCGCAAGCCGACAAAGGCAAAGGGCAAGACGGCAAUCUCAGACUACUUCGCCAAGGACGAGCUGAAGGAGUCCGGCAGCACCGCCGAGGCGCUGGCCAACGCGCAGGAGCCGACGGAUCUGAAGCUGGGGCUGCAGAAGGACCUCCGCUCCGCACGGCAGCCAAAGCUGAUUACGGGCGGCGUCAUGAAGCCGUACCAGCUGCAGGGCCUCGACUGGCUCGUCUCGCUGUACGAGAACGGGCUCAACGGCAUCCUGGCGGACGAGAUGGGGCUCGGCAAGACGCUGCAGACCAUCUCGUUCCUGGCCUUCCUGAAGGAGAAGGGCACGAAUGGGCCGUUCCUGGUGGUGGCGCCUGUUAGCACCCUGGGCAAUUGGGUGGAUGAAAUUGAGCGGUUUGCGCCCGAGAUGCCGGUGCUGAUGUACCAUGGGACGCCGGUGGAGCGCGAGGAGAUGCGCAGGACGCGCAUGGCAAAGAUGGGCAAGGACUUCCCCAUCAUCUGCACGUCGUACGAGCUCAUCAUGAACGACCGCAAGCACCUGCAGAAGUAUGCGUGGAAGUUCAUCAUCAUCGACGAGGGCCACCGCAUCAAGAACCUCAACUGCAAGCUCGUGCGCGAGCUCAAGUCGUACACCUCCGCAAACAGGCUCCUGCUCACGGGCACGCCGCUGCAGAAUAACCUCUCGGAGCUGUGGUCGCUGCUCAACUUCCUGCUGCCCGACAUCUUUGACGACCUCGACAGCUUCCAGAACUGGUUCGACUUCAGCGCCAUCCAGGAGAAGGAGGGCCACCACGCGUGGCUCGAGGAGCAGAAAAAGUCAAACAUUGUCGGCAGCCUCCACGCCAUCUUGAAGCCGUUCCUGCUCCGCCGUAUGAAGACCGACGUCGAGACUAUGCUGCCCCCGAAGCGCGAGUACGUCCUCUAUGCGCCCCUCACGCAGGCGCAGAAGGACCUCUACGGGAAGCUCCUCAACCAUGAGGGCCGCAGAUGGCUCAUCGAGAAGCUCGUCGGCAGCGAUGCCACAAAGAAGCGCAAGCUCGAAGAAGACGCCGCGGCCUCCAAAAAGCGCAAACUCGAGGAAAACGACGACGACGACGAUUCCACCACGCCGCAGCCCAAGAAAGCGCGCAGCACACGCUCUACCCGCCGUAAAAACACCUCCUACAAAGAACUCGAGGACCGCGAGUUCUUUGCCAAGCUCAACGAGAGCUCCGACGAGGAGGAGAUCAUCCCCGUCGACGAAUACCAGCUCAAACUCCUCAACGCCACCAAAGAAGCCGGCAACAAGAAGCUGCAGAACCUCGUCAUGCAGCUCCGACAAGCCUGCAACUCGCCGCACCUCUUCUACUGGCCCUUCCCCGGCGACCCGGACAACACCAUCGUCACCGAGUCCGGCAAGAUGAUGCUCCUCGAGCGGCUGGUCCCCGCGCUCUUCGCGCGCGGCCACAAGGUGCUCAUCUUCUCUCAGUUCUCCAAGAUGCUCGACAUCAUCGAGGAGUGGGCGAGCACGCUGCGGCGCUGGCAGGUCUGCCGCAUCGACGGCGCCGUCAGCCAGGCCGACCGCCGCGAGCAGAUCCGCCGCUUCAACCACGACGCCGGCUGGAACCUCUUCCUCCUCAGCACGCGCGCGGGCGGCCUCGGCAUCAACCUCACCGCCGCCGACACGGUGAUCCUCUUUGACAGCGACUGGAACCCGCAGCAGGACCUGCAGGCGCAGGACCGCGCGCACAGGAUCGGCCAGCGGAAGCCCGUCAUUGUGUACCGGUUUGCGACGGCCGCGACGGUCGAGCAGACGCUGCUCGAGAAGGCGGAUGGCAAGCGGCGCCUCGAGAAGCUGGUCAUACAGAAGGGGAAGUUUAAGAGUGUUGUGGCGGCGGUGCCGGCGGCGGGGGCGGGGGCUGGUAAUGAUCAUGACGAGCUGAGCAGCAUAUUGCUGAGAGAGGACUUUGAGAAGGUGAAUGUUGUGCAGGCGGGGCAGCAGGUGCUGAGUGAUGCGGAGCUGGAGACACUGAUGGACCGCAGCGCGGAGGCGUAUGAGAGGGCGGAGAAGGGGGGGAAGGGCGCGAGUGGCGCGUUUAGGGUUGUGGAGACGGUGGUGAAGGAGGAGUCAUAG